AUUUUCACAUAACGUAAUCAAUCUGCGACGAAUCAAUCUGCAAUGGCGGCUCCCGGUGGAAGGAAGCGUGGUCUUGAACAUUUGGACGAAUAUGAACCAAAAUUCGUCAAAGUUGGCAAAAGCAACCUUCACGACCGAAUGACAGAAAAAAGGCUAGUUGUUAUUCUGGAAGGAGCCUCAUUAGAAACAGUAAAGGUUGGAAAGACGUUCGAGUUGUUGAACUGCGACCAACACAAAAGUAUGAUCAUCAAAAAUGGAAGGGACCCGGGCAACGUAAGGCCAGAUAUCACACAUCAGUGCCUGCUCAUGCUGAUGGACAGUCCACUGAACAGGGCAGGUCUGCUGCAGGUUUACAUCCACACAGAAAAAAAUGCUUUAAUAGAGAUCAACCCACAGACUCGCAUCCCAAGAACCUUCGCUCGCUUUUGUGGCCUGAUGGUUCAGCUGUUGCACAAGCUGAGCGUCAGAGCUGCUGAUGGUUCUGCAAAGCUGUUAAAGUUGAUUAAAAAUCCAGUGUCGGACCACCUGCCGCCCGGUUGCCCCCGUAUCGCCACCUCAUUCGCAGCUGGGGAACCCGUCUGUCCCCGGACUUUGGUAACGGAUGGCCCUGCUGCAGUAGUGAUUGGAGCGUUUGCACAUGGAUCGGUGAAUGUGGAAUACACAGAGAAGACCGUGUCCCUAAGUAACUACCCCCUCUCUGCAGCACUGACCUGUGCCAAAAUAAGCUCUGCUUUUGAGGAAGUUUGGGGUGUCAUGUGACAAGACACUCAAAUCAUAAUAAACUGCUGAUAUCUACAGGACAGAAAUCAGAUGUAUACUUGGACUUUUUAUUAGUGAGCAAAAGGAAAAUACGACCAAAUGUUUUAAGAUGCUACAUUCACUGUAUGUGAAUGACAACAUUUGGACUCCAUGUGAAACUUAUGGUGGUUUUUAUAUCCAUGGUUGUUUUUAUAUCCGUUGUUGUUUUUUUAUGUUCAUAUAGUCUUUUUUUUUUGUCAUUAAC